CAAGUGAUCGCUGAAGGUCGAUUUCAGACUCGAGAACCUAAAGCGUUGGUAAAUGGACUUCCUCUUGGUCCAAAUGCAAUGAAGGUAUAUGUGGAUGUGGUAGUAAACCCUAAGGCAUAUCUAUGGAGGCCUACAGUUAACAUGAGAAAUGUGGAGGAUUCUUUGAACUGUUUUGUAGCAUGGCCUGCAAAUAGAGUUGUGAUGGAGACAACUCCAGAAUCUCCUCCUCUUCAACCAUCUACAUCUAAAGCAUCAAGUACAGGUUAUCAGAAUGAGAAGUCUCCAGUAACUCCAAAAGCUCCUGUAAAGAAACCAGCAACAACUUUGAAAGCGGCGCGCGCAUCUCCUCGUCGUAAAUUGCAGCCUGUUGCAUUCAAGGAAAAUCAAAAAUGUAAGUUGAUAGAUCUGAUCAGAAAGAACCACGUCGUUGCUGAAGGACGUUGGUCAUCCAAUAAUCCUGCCAGUGUUGUCCACUUUGUACCUUUGGGCCCUAAAGCAUGUCGAGUCUGGGUGGAUGUUGUCAAGGAUAAAGAUGCUGCAGUUUGGAGACGAUCUUCUGAGAUCGAGUGUAUGGAAGAUGCAUUUGGAACCUCUAUUGCAUGGCCAGAAGAUAAAGUGGAACCAUUAAUGGAGUGAACUCAAUUGCUUAAUCUGAACUGAUGAUGGAAUGAAAUAUGUUUUCUGCUUUUAAUUAAGUUUAGCUAUGUUUGAGAACUUGAUAAAGACUUUCUGUUUUGUUUAUGAACUGGUUUGAUGUAUGUUUACAUGUUCUCUUUUAGAGUUCAUGAUGUAUGUGUACACUUUGUAUGCUUUGGAUCUUAAAUGAAAAAGCAUUGCUGUUUUAUGAUUUUUUGUUUCACAAUAGGUUUUUAUAAAUCCCAGAAUUGAUCGAAUAGGUGCACAAUUUUGGCAGCCAAAUAACUGUAUUCAACAACAUUGUAAUCGUGUCAUAAUAAAAUAUUCUAUGGCACUAAUAAAAAGCCAUGACAUAUUAUAGAGUGGCACGAAACAAGUGCUAGAAUAACUUAUACAAUAGCAUAUGAUACUUGCUAUAAUAGGUUCAUUUUCCAUAGCAUUCAAAAAAAUGCUAUCAUAUGGGGUGAGGCUAUUAUAGCUCCUUCUGUCAUAGCGUUCAUGAAAACGCUACAAAAUCGAUAUAGUAGCGUUUUUAGUGUACUAUCAAUGACCGAAUUUCUU